AGUAUCGUCCAGUACUUCCGGGUUACUUCCAGGUUUCGUGAUGCUUCAGUCAGUCAGCUCAGCUCGGUACUGUCAGUUCUACACUUGGUGACACCAUGAUCGUCGAGUUUCUAUCCCUCCACGCUAGCCUCUGUGUUGUAGGAAUCAUUUUGUCUAUCUACGCUUUACACGUGGAGUUGGAGAAGGAGAAAAACAAGAGCUACGUGGCGCUGUGUGACUUCAGCGACCGUGUGAGCUGUACCAAGGCCUUCAGUUCAUACUAUGGCAAAGGGUUUGGACUACUCCAACACAUUGUGGGGGAGGACAGCAUCCUGAUUCAGCCUAACAGUGUACUGGGAAUCAUCUUCUAUGUGCUGCAACUUGUGCUUGGAUAUGUCGGUGGCUCCCUGUGUGUUCAUCUGCUAUUCUACACGUCAGUACUAUCAUGUCUAGGAUGUGUAUGGCUGGCGUACGUUCUGUACUUCAUUCUACAGGACACCUGUGUGGUCUGCAUCUCCACGUACCUGAUCAACUUUGCCAUCAUGUUUGUCAACUAUCAAACAUUUGCUGCAUUAUGAACCUAAAGAUUUGUAAUGCUUACAUGUAGUGCAUAGUGCCAAGUACAGUAUUGUAGGAGUAAGGUAUCAAGGUUAAGUUUAUGCUAUGUAUUAUAGGGUUCAGGACCAAGAGAGCCAUGUGGAAAAUUGAGAAAAUCAAACAUAUAUGUAACGUUACCAUUCUUUAAAGAAAUCAUUAUUUUAUUACAUUGUAGGUGCAAACAAAAAUACAUGUAGAAGUCUCCAGUUGUUAAGAUAUGUUUACAAAUGUUUCAAUGGUGGCACAAGAAGUAUGAAUUUCUAUUUGUUCACUGGUUAUAUGGGAUGAGGGUGAUUGUAGUCGCAAAACGUUUGACUUUAGAUAAACGUUAGAUAAGACAUUAGAUAAGGAUACAAUGCUUUAGUGUUGAUUAAAGUUUUGUUUUCUCCUAUCAAAAUAUACGUACAAUGUAUAAAUAUUAUACAAUAAAAUCAUUUGCACAGGUUAUAUGCUUAAAUUAAUGGUGGAUCUACUACAUGUCAAGUUCCAAAACUGCUAGUGGCCAGCAGGACGAUUUGAGAAUUCCAUGAAAAAAAAAAAAACAAAACAAACAAAACUGAAUGUAUAAUGAUAUAACAUAACCACAAAUGUCAUUUCAACAAUUACAUAGACACCUUUAACAUAUAUGCCACUACAAUCCUUUGGACACAUUCAAAUGUUUUUACCAUAUUCAUUUAUAAAAAAGCCAUAAUUCCAACUAGCCUAAUGAGGUACAUCAAUGAUUUCUAAGCCUAGCGCUAAUUUGCACUGCCUCCAGAGGUAGAUGAUGACCUUAUCUUGAGAUGCAUUCUCGAAUCUGUUGAUAGCAGCUACUUCUAAGGUACAUUGUAGAUGAUUCUCUUACUCUGGAGGUGAAUGUGAUGCUAGUUGAUCUUGACCAGCAAUGUUGUCUGUAAGUAAAACAAGAUUUGGUCAAAGAUUGUUUUUUUACUGACUUAGAAGCUGUAACAGACUUAUUACUGCAUUACAUGUAUCAUCUAUUUUUCUACUACCUUAAAUGUUUAAAUACAUUGUACAUGUAUGAUAACUGAGAAAGAAAAAAAAUGUGCAUUUGU